UGCAUCAUUUUAUAGGCCUAUGCCUACUUGUUAGUUAGGCUAUAUUAAAUGAUUCAGUGUCGAACAAAGCAUUUAUGACCACAAACAUUUAAUUUCCACCUAUGUUGCGCAAAGAAUAGCCUGUCAUUGCUGUUUUUACGAUAAUAACAAUCCCGAUCAUUAAUAAUGUUUUUUUUUAAUAAUAAUGAUAAUGAUAGAUAAUCGUUACGUAAUUAAGGAGGAGGCCAACAUUUAUCAUUCUUAAAUUGGUUUCUACAAAUGGCUCUAGGCUAAUGUCGAGGCUCUAUUUGAGUGAAAAUAAAAUUAAUGAAUCAUUAUAAUGUUUUAGACAUUUUCUUUCCCCAGAUAUGCCUCUACCUUUUCAUAGCGACCCAUCACCAAUGUUUCCCUACUGACAUUGUAGGUUUCAGGUUUUUUCUUAUUUCUUGAGUUCAUCAGGUCUUUCGGACCCAACCCCAGCAUCGCCAAUCGGCAUCGUUCUUGGAAAGACUGGGCCAAUCAGCGACUGGCUUUGAUAAAUAUUCAUGAUUCCCUGAUUCAAACCUUUGAGCGAGGUUGUGUAGAUCCACUGCAUAAUACCUAGACUUUUCACAGAGAGAAACUACAUUUUCUUAUGAAUGGAAAGUGAAAAAAUCAGUUGAGCUUAAAUUGGGAUCCAUCCUUCACUGAGAUCGUAGAGGAAAACAAAAAAGCAAGGGAAGAGACACGCCAGAAGAGAUGACAAUGACUACAAUGCCAGAGAGUCUUAAUAGCCCCGUCUCAGGAAAGAACGUGUUCAUGGAAUUUGGGCCACCGAGUCAACAAAUGUCGCCUUCCUCGAUGUCUCACGGACACUAUUCCAUGCACUGUUUACAUUCUGCUGGACAUAGUCAGCACGAAAGCUCGUACAGUCCGGCCUCAUCCUUCCACAGAUCUUUGGGUUAUCCAUACGUCAACUCAGUCGGCAGCCAUUCCUCGAGUCCGUAUAUCAGCGCCGUGCAGACAUACCCAAACAACACGGCAUUAACACAGACGCGGUUAGAAGACGCAGCCGCUGAAACAGAGAAAAACACUGUCGUGGAGGGCGGUGAGGUACGAUUCAAUGGCAAAGGGAAGAAGAUCCGCAAACCCCGGACAAUAUAUUCCAGUUUACAGCUUCAAGCACUAAACAGACGAUUUCAGCAAACGCAAUAUUUGGCCCUUCCAGAGAGAGCGGAACUGGCUGCAUCUUUGGGGCUUACUCAAACACAGGUGAAGAUUUGGUUUCAGAACAAGAGAUCGAAGUUCAAGAAGCUGAUGAAGCAAGGCGGUGGAACAAUAGACACUAAUGCGUUAGCCAAUGGUCGCGGACUCUCCACCGGUUCACCAACCGUGGCUCCGGUUUGGAACUCGACAGCCACUGUGAAAACACCUGUGGGAACGCCGGGCUCUUACAUCCCAAGUUACACCUCAUGGUACCCGACAGCGCAUCAAGAUUCUAUGCAGCAGCCACAGCUGAUGUGACCCUGAUGGACAGACCCUCGCCAUUUUUCCUCUCUAUGGAUGGCUCAGAGGGCCUUGGGGUCAGUCGCUGAGCUUUGUACCCUGGCCCACUGCAGUUACGCACUGAUAGAAUCAGAAGCCAAGUCCCCAAAAUGCCGACAGAAGUUGUCGGCAUUCGCUUAAGAUCAUUCGAUGAUUUGCUGAGAUCAGCUGCCUGCAGAACUUUCCGGAAGGAGAGACACUAGAAAGCAUUGGCUCCUUCAUCAAAGGGCAAGAGGUCUUACUCAGUCCGCUAGAUACACAGGAAAUUGCCGUGAAAGUGGGUCAUUCAAGCUGCUGCUGUUUUUGUGACAUUUCGAUUUGUGUAAAAAUAAUUAAAUCAAACUGUAAUAUAUCAGAAA